CGGUAAAGCUCAAAUCAACGCUAAAUCAGGAGCCAUCCACUGUCGAACGAACCUGCAUGGAAAAAAUAGUUUCACUGAUACUUCCCGUUGCCAUCGACGCUAUUCGAUCAAUCAUGGGCGGAGGGGGUUCGAGAGAGGUAGAUGUGGGGGCUAUCACGCGUCCCCUGCAAGAAGAAAUGGCACGCCGCGAACAGGAAUACCAAACGCAACGCCAGCGCGACAACGAGUUCUUCCAGCAGCGCUUCCAACAGCUGACGAGCACCAACGCGGCCGAACGACAGCGUCUGCAGCAGGAUUUCCAGCGCGAAAAAGAACAUCGCGACCGUGAACGUCAAGCCGAACAGAAGCGUCACGAUGAGGAACUACAGCAACUGCGACAGGCGAUGAAAGUCAGCCAGGAGGAGGUGCAGAAGGUCAACGAUCAACUGCAGCGUCCCAUCAAGGAUCGCGAGGAGAAGAUGGAAUUCGUCAACAAUCUGAAAUUGCCGAUUCGCCAGACGGAUUCCCUGUUGUUGCUGGGUCCGAAAGGACUGGGAAAAAGCACCUUCUUGUGGUUGCUGAACAAAGGACCCAAGCCGGAACAGUCACUCUUGGACGGGACGGUGGAAUUCCUGCAUGUCAACGGAUUCGUGGACUCCAUCGGACUGAACGGAUGGACGCAGGAGGAACUGCUGAAACUGCUGGUCUUGAUGAUCUACGACGGGAUCCCCAAGGACCUCAUCAUCUUCGCCAACGACCGCAUCUAUCAGCCCAUCUUGACGCUGGGUCUGCUGGGCGUCAAUAACCCCAUGAGCGUCAUAAUGUCCAGUGUGUUCUGGAAUAACCUCGAGCCGGAGGACGGUAAUGAACCUCUGAUUCACCUGAAGGACGACGACAAGGGCGUACGUCGCGUGGAUCACUUGGGCCGCGUGUACAAUCUGAAGGUGUAUGAGAAGAUCAUGAAGCACCAGUUAGGUACCUUGCCCAUCACCCAUCAUGACGACCUGGAAGAACUGGUGGAGAAGCGAGAAAAAGCCGGGAUUCAGCCGUUCCGCUUUAUGAUGGACGACCUGGGGCAGCAGUUCCACGUGGAGAUGGACAACUCGCCCAACAUGGAGGCGCUCUUCCGCUUCAUCUACAUCUACGAGAAGAAGUACGCGAAGGAUCGACUGAAAUUCAUGAAUAACGCCUCGCUGCAGGACUUCAAAUGAGCUCAUUGGUUCGUUGUGAAUUUAUGGCUAUGGUAUGUGUAUAGGUGCGUGAAUGAGGUUUACGGUUCCUUGUGUCCCGUACUUUCUUCUUAUCUUAUAUUGAACAUUUUCAUCCUCCUAUCGUUCAUCAUUUUGAGUUGUAACCAUGUACUGAACCCAUGUUAUGUUUGAGUGUUCUGCCUCACUUUACAGCUCAAAAGAACC